CGAUGCCUUACAUACCCCUUGCCUCCCAUAAACCUGCGCAGCGGCCGAUAGUGAUUUAUAACUUCUAUACAUCGACGAAAUUGCGACAUAAAAGGCCUCAUUGUGCGGAGCGUGUAUCCGAGUGGCUAACUAUAGCUGACAAAUCUGCAGCUGGGGCCAGUGCACAGAUGUCUAGCGGAGACCGACGGAUAUCUGUCUCGUUGCAUAGCUGGAAAUUGUUGUUGCGCUUGCGCCCACUACGCCACGCAGUACUUGGUUCAGUACACUAAGCCCAUGUCCUAUCAGCUGACAAACCUGGACGGAAAUGUCGAUGGCGACUACACGGUCGACGUCAUGUGCACUCUCUCGUCCGUCGACCUGUUCUCAACCACCGUCCGUACUUAAACCCGCACAACCUCUUGUACGAAUUCCUUGACUGAGGAACCAUGUCUGGCCUCGAUAACACCAACCACGAGUCGACCAAUCUCCAGGGUCAAUAUGCAUGGACGGACACGCUGAAGGGUGUCCACUACGGCCCGGGGUCGCUCACCACUGCUCUGCCAAAGCUUCUGAAGACUCUCGGGGCGUCCAAGGCCCUCGUCGUCACCGGCAGGAGUCUAUACGACAAGACGGAUGUCGUGAAGAAGGUCGAGGGCGUGCUGAAGCAACACAAUGCGUACGCGGCGACGUUCUACGAGAUCGGACAGCACUCGCCUGUCGCUGGCAUCCACGACGGGCUGAAGGUGUUCAAGGAGUCGGGCGCGGACGUCAUCGUCUCCGUCGGCGGAGGAUCGCCCGUCGACGCGUCCAAGGCGAUCCUGUACUUCCUCCAGCAGGAGACGGGCGGAGAGUAUUUGCGCCAGAUUGCGGUACCCACUACGCUCAGCGCGGCGGAAUACACGAUAGGCGCAGGGUACACGAAUGAAGAGGGGAAGAAAGUCGCGGUCAGCUCACCGCAGCUCGCACCGGCUGGUAUCAUCCUCGACGCGGAGCUCACACUCGCUACCCCAGAACGCCUCUGGCUGUCCACCGGGAUGCGCGCAGUGGAUCAUGCAGUAGAGAACCUAUACAGACCACUCAUCCCCCCACCCGUCAAGUACCUUUGCUAUGCUGCGCUCGUCGACCUCUUCAAGUACCUCCCCGCCUCGAAGGCGAACCCUCAGGCGGUGGAUGUCCGACAGAAGCUUCAGCUUGCCUCGUGGAUGAGCCUGUGGCCCAUCAAGCUGGAGAGGUAUAGCGCGCUCGGGUUGUCUCAUGCGCUCGGCCAUAAGCUAGGAGCGACGUACAGUAUCCCGCAUGGGAUUACUUCCUGUCUGACGCUAGCACCAACCGUUGCGCUCAAAGCCGAGGUCGCCUCUGAGGACGACAAGGAGUGGCUGUCCAACACGCUCUGGUACCUCGCGCAAGACAAGACAGGUUCUCUGGACGGCGACGUGCUCAAGCUAUCGAAGCUCAUCGACAAUCUUGUGAGCGAUCUGGGGCUGAAGUCGACACUGACUGAAUACAACGUCCCGCGCGAGGAUCUCCCGAAGAUUGCAGAGCUCUCGGUGGGCAGCAAGGACGAUUCGACGUAUCCGAAAGUCGUCAAGCUUCUCGAGGGGCUUUAUGCCUGAUUCCUCAACCCAUAUAGCUGUACUCAGUAGUGGUAAAAGGAGAUCGUCGGCAUUCUUCACCUACCAUACAUUAUUCUCGAAUUGUAGGAUUAUUGAAUUAUGGACGAAUAGACGCGACGCUAUAGGGCGAA